AAACAAGCCGGUCAGCUGACUCGGCCUGACUGCGCCGUCAUCCCGGUUAUAAGCGCGCGACCUCCGGGCUUGGGUCCCACCGCGCCGCCGCCACCGCCAUGCAGCCCCCCAGCUUGCUGCUGCUCGCGCUCGGCCUGCUGGCCGCGUCCGCCACCGCGCUCGUCAGAAUCCCACUGCACAAGUUCAAGACCAUACGCCGGACCUUGACAGAGGCAGGGGGCUCCGUGGAAGAUCUGAUCGCCAACGGCCCCAUCACAAAGUACUCGACGCCCACCGGAACCCAAGGGCCCGUCCCCGAGAUGCUCAAGAACUACAUGGAUGCCCAGUACUACGGGGAUAUCGGCAUCGGGACGCCCCCCCAGUGCUUCACCGUCGUCUUCGACACGGGCUCCUCCAACCUGUGGGUCCCCUCCGUCCACUGCCACCUGCUAGACGUCGCCUGCUGGACACACAACAAGUACAACAGCGACAAGUCCAGAACCUACGUGAAGAAUGGCACCGCCUUCGAAAUCCACUACGGCUCGGGCAGCCUCUCCGGGUUCCUGAGCCAAGACACGGUGUCGGUGCCCUGCUCUUCAGGGGCGACGUCCCCUGGCCGCCUCGUCAAAGUGGAGAAGCAGGUGUUCGGGGAGGCCACCAAGCAGCCGGGCAUCACCUUCAUCGCGGCCAAGUUCGACGGCAUCCUGGGCAUGGCCUUCCCCCGCAUCUCCGUCAACAACGUGCUGCCCGUCUUCGACAACCUGAUGCAGCAGAAGCUGGUGGACAAGAACAUCUUCUCCUUCUACCUGAACAGGGACCCAAACGCGAAGCCCGGAGGUGAGCUGAUGCUGGGCGGCGUGGACGAGAAGUACUACAAGGGCUCCCUGACCUACCUGAACGUCACCCGCGAGGCCUACUGGCAGAUCCACAUGGACCAGGUGGACGUGGCCAGCGGGCUGACCCUGUGCAAGGAGGGCUGCGAGGCCAUCGUGGACACGGGCACCUCCCUCGUCGUGGGCCCCGUGGCCGAGGUCCGGGAGCUGCAGAAGGCCAUCGGCGCCGUCCCGCUGAUCCAGGGCGAGUACAUGAUCCCCUGCGACAAGGUGUCCAGCCUGCCCUCGGUCACCCUGAAGCUGGGCGGCAAGGACUACGUGCUCUCGGGGGAGGACUACACGCUCAAGGUGUCCCAGGGCGGGAAGACCAUCUGCCUGAGCGGCUUCAUGGGCAUGGACAUCCCGCCGCCCGGCGGGCCGCUCUGGAUUCUGGGCGACGUCUUCAUCGGCCGCUACUACUCCGUGUUCGACCGCGACAACAACAGGGUGGGCUUCGCGGAGGCCGCACACCAGUAGCUCCCCGGCCCGCCCGCACAGCAGGGAAAGGAGGAGGCCGCAGGGGGAGGCCGGCCGGCAUCCUCAGCCCUCCCACCCCUCAUGUCUCACACGCACUCGCACACUCACUGCCCCGGCCCCACUGGGCCGCCGUUUCUUCCCGCGUGGCCCUCCCUGGGCUCGGAAAGGCGGCCCGGCCUGUCUGAUGGAGGGCGGGCGCCGUGCCCGCGCAGGUGCGUGUUUGUGCGCCGGAGCCCCUCCCCCAGCCGGCCUGCCCCCGCCCGCCCCACGCCCCCACGCCAUCCUCACGGAGCCUCCUUCGGAAACCGGCCCUGCCCGAGGACCCCACCCCACCCCGGCCACCCACAUCUGGGCUCUGCUGGCCCCUGUCCGCGGGUCCCGGGCCCACUGAGGAAGCGCCGAGGCCGCGGUGAGCAGGCCGGAGGGCGCUGGAAGGAGGAGCCGUGGGCGUGGGCACUCGGGGGCCCGGUGGGCCCGGACGGUCUGGCCUCUGCUGCCUUCUCUCCGGGUGACUGAGGGACAGAGUGGACGUGAAAAUACAGAUGUUCAGGCCUCU